AUUAAAUGACAGCUGACAGCAUACAGUUAUAGCUAAGAGGUUAUAGUGGUGUAAUGUUUGUUUUUAAUAAAAUUACAUUUAAAUUUCUAUAACUUUUUAAGAAUUCAGUAUAAAAUCUUUCAUAAUGCUUAACGAUAUAAGUGGUAAAAUAAUUAUUAAAGUUCAGUUAGGUGAUGAUAUUCGUCGUAUUCCUAUUCAUAAUGAUGCCAUUAAUUAUGACGAAUUAGUUCUGAUGAUGCAAAGAAUUUUUCAAGGAAAAUUGAAUGCAAACGACGAUAUUACUAUAAAAUACAAAGAUGAGGAUGGAGAUCUUAUCACUAUUUUUGAUAGUUCUGAUCUGUCCUUUGCAAUUCAAUGUAAUCCAGUUUUGAAAUUGCAAAUUUUGAUGAAUAACAAGGGCAAAGAAGGUGAAAGAAGAAGUGUCUUAAAUGAAACAGAAUUAGAUAAUGUCAAGGAUCAAUUAAGAAAAAUAAGGGAUCAAGUAAAUCAACUUUUGGAUACUCUAGAUACACCCACAGCUGUCACUUCUUUGAAGAAAGAAAAUGUUGAUGAGCAGAAAUCAAGUGAGAAUGUCCCAACUGGGCCCUCUGGCAGUAAUAGCAGUAAAGUCAGCAAGGUAAAUUCAAGUGAAUUUGAUCCUUUACAAGAAAGAAACAAGAAAGGUUCUGGAGACAGCAAAGAUUCUCAUGUAAAUUCAGUCAGCAAUAGUGGAGUUCGUCCUCAAAGUGUACCAGCACCUACACCUCCUAGCUCUGCGACCCCAACUCAAAAUCCUCAUGCUACCGAAUACUAUGGAAGAACUACAUCAGGUAAAUAUCAACUACAAGAACAGCUCAGUGAAGAUGAUAUGCCCUUAGAAGAAUUUGAAAAAGCUGCUUCAGACUUUCUGUACGAUUUAUCAGAUAUUAACAGGGCUUUAAUAGAAAUAGAAACGCGUGACCAAGCUAACUGUAGUACUUGGAUGUUUGAAAGACGUAAACGAAUAACAGCAUCGAAUUUUGGUCGAAUUUGCAAACUCCAAUCGACCACAAACACUAAAAAAACUAUAGAAUCAUUAUUAUACAAUAAAUUCAAUGGCAACGAAGCUACAAAAUAUGGAAAAAUGCAUGAGAAAGAUGCUAUUGAAGUUUUUGAAAUGACAACCAAUUUGAAAGUUAAAAAAAGUGGUCUUUUUAUAGACAAGGACUAUCCAUUUUUAGGGGCAUCCCCUGACGGUCUAAUAAAUGAUGACUGCUUAAUUGAAAUUAAAUGUCCUAUUAAUUCAAGAGACGUACAUCCCAUAGUCGCAGCUAUGGAUAAAAAACUUGAUUUUUGUGAAUAUAAGGAUAACAAAGUGUAUUUGAAAAAGAACCACAACUAUAUGUACCAAAUACAGGGACAACUGAAGAUAACUCAGCGAAAGCUUUGCUAUUUUGUUGUCUGGUCUCCAUAUGGUAUACAUAUAGAAGAAAUUGAAAGAGAUGACAUUUUUUGGAAGCAAAAAAUGGAAGACAAAUUAAAGAAGUUUUAUUUUGAAUGUUUGUUACCAGAACUAGUUGAUCCGCGAAAAGGCAGAAAUAAAUCGUUACGAGAUAUAUAUUUGGACUGAUUUAUUCCAAAUUAAUGUUACUAUGAAGAGUGAUCUGUAUUAAUAACAACAGUAAUACUGCUUAUAGAAAAUUAAUUACUCUAUAUAAUACGUAUUAAAAAAAAGGAAGAAUUU